AUUUCUCGAUUUGUGCGUGUCAUCCUUGCGCAGGGGCCAUGCUAAUCUUCUCUGUAUCGUUCCAAUUUUAUCGGAUGUCCCCGAAGGGACAAUCACCUUCGUGACUCCGUCUGUAUAUCAACUGCGCUUCUACUUCUUCGAUAAGCGAUGUGGGAGGAAGAUGACUCGUUGUUGGGUCUGUUUAAUGAACUUAAUAAGCCCAUAUAAUAUAACUGAGCCAGGCUUCUCAUAUAAGGCCCGGUUUGAUAUUAACAACAGUCAACACUCAACACUGUCAGCUCCUAGUUUUUCUGAAAAUAUUUUCAAAUUUUGGUUUCUCGCGCCGACAUCGAAAUCAGCGAAGAGAGGAGAUUCCGUUCCUCUCCUCGCGCUCUCGGGAAUCGCAGAUCUCUGGAGUCUCUUGAGAACUCUAUAGAGUUUCCGUCCUGAAAAAUCGCUUUAUCUCGUCGUGAUUCUCAGUAACGAUUAUCACACCAAUCGUGCGUAGCAGCUUGAGAUACUUAUAUUAUAGGUUGACAUAUGAGGUGCAACGCCUGCUGGAGGGAACUGGAAGGCCGGGCUAUUUCCACCACAUGUGGCCACUUAUUAUGUACUGAAGAUGCUAGCAAGAUUCUCAGUAAUGAUGGGGCAUGUCCCAUUUGUGAUCAAGUACUCUCCAAGAGUCAUAUGAAACCUGUGGAUACCAAUCCAAAUGAAGAAUGGGUAAAUAUGGCGAUGGCUGGAAUUUCUCCACAAAUACUGAUGAAGAGUGCAUACCGAAGUGUGAUGUUUUACAUCUCGCAAAGAGAGUUAGAGAUGCAGUCCAAGAUGAAUCGAGUUGUUGCGCAGUGUCGUCAGAAAUGUGAGAGUAUGCAAGCAAAGUUUAGCGAGAGAAUGGAGCAGGUGCAUACAGCAUACCAAAAGACGGGCAAGAGGUGUCAGAUGAUGGAGCAAGAGGUACAAAACUUGACCAAGGAUAUUCAAGAGCUUCAAGAGAAGUUCUCCGAGAAAUCAAGACAGAAGAGGAAACUUGAUGAGAUGUAUGACCAACUAAGAAGUGAAUAUGAGUCAGUCAAGCGUACAGCAAUCCAACCAGCAAAUAACUUGUAUCCACGACACCAGGAGCCUGACUUUUUCUCAAACCCACCAGUUAACAUGAUGGAGAACAGAGAGCCCACACGCACAGACCGGUCGUUUUACUCUCCUGGAACACCAGGACCUAGAGAUGAGAUAUGGCCAGCAAGACAGAACAGUUCAAACGCGGGUCCAUUUGACAUCUCCAACGACUUACCCGCAAUUCCAACUGACCUUGGAAACAGAAGAGCAGGAGGAGGAGGAGGAGGAGGAGGAGGACAUCAUGUAUUUGGUGGUGGUGGCAAUUCUAACCCCCAAUCAACUCUACGAAACCUUAUUCUCUCCCCUAUUAAGCGCUCUCAGCUGUCUCGUUCUCGCCCUCAACUGUUCACGUUAUAGUCUAAGGAUCAAGUUCAAGUGUUUACCUGACUGGAUAGAAGCACUAAUGCUCACAAGUCACAACCAGUAAGGUGACACUUCUUUUUAUAAGCUUACUGUCUUAGUAAGUAAAAUGUUAGGGGAAGGUAGGAUUUGAGGAAAGGAAAAACUCUCGUCUCUAUAAAUAAUAAUAGUGAUAAAUCAUAUAUUUUAGUAGAAUCAACAUAGUGAAACUACUUACAAGGAUGUAAGAUGACGAUCAAGUAUAAAAAAACAUUUUUGUAAAAAGAAAAGGCAAUAAAAAAAACAGUUAUAGGUCUG